AUGAACAUCACUAGAGAUCAGCAAUAUACUGAGUCAGAGCAUGAUAGAAGCUAGACUACUUUAGCCGAGUCAUACUAAGAAGUUGAAUAAAUGAUUGAUUCCUAGGUAGACCCAGAACUUAAAGCAUUAAUGGAGCAGCUAUAUCAGCAGAGACAAAUGCUGAUGGAUCUUUAAACUGAGUUAGAUGAAUAGGUUGAUGUGCAACAAAAUAACGCUUAAGCGUUUGAGCAACAACUAAAUGACCACAUAGAGGACGUUAUUAAAUAGCCAUCAGUUGAUGUGAUCCAAAGUGUCAAUGAAAUGGUAGAUUCAUUUUAGCAAGAGUCAGUAGACAUUGAUAAGUUAAUUGAGGAAGAGAGAUAAAAGAGAGCCAAGAUAGCAGAGGAAGUAGAGAAAGUGCAAAACGAGUUACUUGAUAUGUGCAAUCAGGCAGAGAUGACUUAGAUUAAAGAAGAUAUUAAAAAAACUAGAGAGGAAAGAGACAAUCUUAAGCAAGUGAGAGACUAAUUAGUUGUGGAUUUGAAAAAAUAGCAGUUGCUUUCACCGCAUGAUAGUUAUAUCACAGAGCAAGAUGAUGAAGAUGACAGUGAAAGUAUACAAUCUAAUGUAAAAUAAUGA